AUGUUCACUUUGCUCGACGGUGCCUUGCCGCGGCCUCUCGACGUCCGUGGUGCUGGCAGACGUCAGGUUGUUCAGCGUCAUCUGGGCGGUGGAUUCCGCAGUUCAGUUGCUGGCUCACUGUCACCGUGCGAAUUACCGUCGGCUGCUCAACGGGGCGAGAACGUCACGUUGUCGCCCACCGCGGUGCGACGGAACACCACCGGUGAAUCCGCGCCUGGAGUCGCCGCGGAACCGGCAGAACAACUGGCAUCGUCACUUCACCGA